CUUGUGUUCUCUUCCUCAGUGAAAUGUUCCAGUGGAUUUAUUUUCGUGCAGGCUAACUUUGUCCUCCUUUAAAGGUCCUGAACCUCAGGCCACCUGGUCCAAGUCCUGUGUCAUUUUCCAUUCACAAGGUAUUGUGUUACCAAACCAGAGGUGAUUUUCAAAUUGGAGCAAGGAGAAGAGCCAUGGAUGUUAGAGGAAGAGUCCCAAAGUCAGAGCCACCCAGUUGACCUGAUGGAGAAGAGCCAGGAAAAGGAAGACCAGCAUUGGUGGAAAGUUGAUUUUGUCAACAACAAAACACUGACUAAAGAGAGAAAUAGUGUAUUAGGAAAAGCAUUUUCUCUGGGUACAAACUCUAUUUUAUCAAGAAAAAUGCCUGGUAAAUAUGACUCAUAUGGAAUGAAUUUGGAUUCUCUUUCAGAACUAAUCAUUAGUAAUAGACACUCCUUUGUAAGGCAGCCUUAUGAGUUUAAUACACAUGGGAAAUUACUCCUCUGUACAAAGCACAGGUCAUUCUAGAGAGAAAUCUUUAGAAUAUGAUAGAACUGGAAAAGCCAUUAGUCAAAAUAAGGACAUAUUUCAGCAUCAAGAUACUCAAACUCUGAAGCUUUCUUCUGAAUAUAGUGAAUGUGGGAAAGCCUUCAAUGAGGGGCAACUUUCAUUACCCAUAAGAGAGCAAGCUCAUGGGAGAAGCCCUAUGGAGGUAAUGAACAUGUCAAAGCCCUUUCUGAUAGACCAACAUUCAUCAGGGAACUCAUACAAGGGAGAAUCACUAUGAAUUGAAUGAUUGUGGGAGGUGGUCUGUCGGUGAGAAGUCAACUUUAAAUAAGCACUAUGGAGUUAUCAUGGGGAAGAGAUACUGUGAGUGUAUUGAAAGUGAAUAGUUUCAGAAAGAAGUCACUCCUUCAGCGAAUUUAUAAAGGAGAGAAAACCUUUAACUGUUAUGAAGAUUGGGAAGUAUUCUGCAAGAACCCAAAUUUCUUGCAGCAUCAAGAAACACUUAUAGGGAAAGAAGUCUAUAAAAUUAAUCAGUGUGCUACUGCAUUUUACAAGAAGCCAAAGCUUCCUACAUAUCAGAAAACAGAUGUAAGAGAAAAACUCUAUGAAUGUAGUGAAUGUGGCAAAACCUUCAGCCAUAAGUCAUCUCUCAUCCUACAUCAGAGGAUACACAGAGGGGAGAAAUGCUAUGAAUGCACCAAAUGUGGGAAAACCUUUGGGUAUAGGUCAGGCCUCGCAGUACAUCAGAGAACACACACAGGGGAGAAACCCUGUGAAUGUAAUGAAUGUGGAAAAAAUUUCUGUGAGAAGUCAAAUCUCCAUGUACAUCAGCGAACACACAGAGGGGAGAAACCCUAUGAGUGUAAUGAAUCUCAGAAAGCCUUCAGUGAUAGGUCAGCUCUCACAGUACCUAAGGGAAUACAUACCGGGGAGAAACCCUAUGAAUGUAAGGAUUUCUCCCAGAAGUCAAACUUCAUUAAUCAUCAGAGGACUCACACAGGAGAGAAACCCUAUGGAUGUCACAAAUGUGGAAAAUCCUUCUCUGUGAAGUUGAAACUGAGGGAACAUCAGAGAACACACACAGGAGAGAAGCCUUAUAAAUGUAAUGAGUGUGGGAAAACUUUCUACCAUAAAUCAUCCCUCACAGUACAUCAGAGAACCCACACAGGGGAGAAACCCUAUGAAUGUAACCAAUGUGGGAAAACCUUCUACCAGAGUCAUUCCUCACAACACAUCAGAGAACACACUAGGGAGAAACAGUACAGGUGUAAUGGAACCUUUCACCAGCAUCUCGAUUUCAGUAAACAGCAGAGAAACAGCACUAAGAAGAAAUCCCUGUCAACAUCCUGAAACCUUCACCCUCUUGUUGGACUCAUUGCAUAGCAGAAACAACCUGGGACUGAGGUGGGGGACCCAGUAUAUAUGAGAAACCUUUUGCCUAGAAGUGACAUUUCAUUGAGUAACAAAUAAUAUUUGAUAACUUUAUUAAUAUUUUGAAGAUGUUACAGUGUCAAAAAAAGUUUAAAAAGGAGGCCUUUUGCAGAAUAUGUAUAAGUAUGCUAUGUAGAGAAACUUUUCAUGAUAGGUUUGCUUAUUGGAAUGCAGCAUUGUAGGAAGUAUAUGUAUAUUUGCUUAAUAACUCAUAAAGUUUUUAUUUCAUAAUUUUAAUAUGAAUAUGAAGUGUAUAAGUUGUCCCAUACUUAAUACCUAUGUAAUUUUUUGUUUUAAUUGAAAUUUUUAUUGAGAUAAUUGUAAAUUGUAAGAUACAGUUGUAAGAAGUAAUACAGAGAGACCUCAUGUACCCUGUACCCUGUUUCCCCCAAUGGUAACAUCUUGUAAAAAUACAGUACAAAUAUCAGCCAGGAUAAUGACAUUAUUGAUAUAAUCCACCAAUUAGUUCAGAAUUUCUCAAUUUUAUUUGUACUCAUUUAUGUGUAGGUAUAUUUAGUUCUGUGCAAUUUUAUCACAUGUGUAGGUUUAUGUAUCCACCAUUGGCUGUGGCAUCUGUUGACUGUGUUAUCUAUGACCACAGAUAUUUCAUGAUAUUCAGGGGUUAUUAGUUUCUCUGGUAUUAUAAUUAUGUUUUUCAAAAGAGUCUCUAUAUUUUAGAGAUAGAAAAAUAACAUAUGCUGCAGCAUUCAGAUAAUUGAAAUACAGGCAACAAUACCAUGAGCUUGGAGAUAUAUAUGUAUUUAAUUGGAUCAUCUGUUCUUUCAUUUCCAGGAUUUGUUUUUAUAACUUGUAUAUUUAUUUGUUGACUACAUUAGGUUACAAAUACUUUCUCCUAGACUGUGGCUUAUCUUUUAAUUUUAUUUAUGCUAUAUUAUACUGUAUAGAAGUUUUAAGUUUUGAUGCAAAUAUAACAAUCUUUCUUAGGUCUAGAAAUGCUUUUCUAGACUGAGGUUGCAAAGAUAUUCUUCCAAAAGACUGAAGUUUUGCUUUUCAUGUUUAUAUUUUUAAAUCUGUCUGGAUUUUUUUUUUUUUGGCGGUACGCAGGCCUCUCACUGUUGUGACCUCUCCCGUUGCAGAGCACAGGCUCCGGACACGCAGGCUCAUCGGCCAUGGCUUACGGGCCCAGCCGCUCCGCGGCAUGUGGGAUCUUCCCGAAUCGGGGCACGAACCCAUGUCCCCUGCAUCGGCAGGUGGACUCUCAACCAUUGCGUCACCAGGGAAACCCUGGAAUUUUUUUUUUAAUGGUAUAAAUUAGUGAUCUACUUUCUUUUUUUUUGCAAAUGGAAAAGUCAAUUGUCUCAGGGCCACUUUUGAAGGUCUGUAUAUUCGUUUUCCAGGGCUGCAGUAACAAAGUACCACGAACUGGGUGGGUUAAAAUAAUAGGAAUUAUUCUUCCAGUUCUGGUGAUUAGAAGUCUGAAAUCAAGAUGUCAGCAGGGCCAUGCAGUCUCUGAAGGCUCACGGGGAGAAUCUCUUCCAUGCCUUUCUCUCAGCUUCUGGUGGUGGCUCUCCAUCCUUGGUGUUCCUUGGCUUACAGCUGCAUAACUCCAAUCUCUGUCUCCACUGCCUCAUGCAUUCUCCCUUCCUGUGUCUAGGUCUCUGUGCCCCUUUUGGAGCCAGCAAGGCCAUGGCCCUGUCUGCUUGCCCAGAACCUCAGGCGCAGCCUAGUUGCCUCAAACCUAGCUCCUGCCGGUGCGCAGCACACACUGGUGGAACUGAGCAGAACCCUGCACCCACCCCUAUCCCCCUGCCAAGGGCAAAGGCCCCUCCAUAUCCCCUGCCUCUUAUUUACAAAAAAGUACUAGAUCUAUGGCUAGCACAAUUUCAAGAACUUGGCCUUAAGAGAACGGGAUUAACAGUGUUGCUCAUAAUAAUCUGUAUCUUUGUGGGCAUCAAAAUAAUUGUAACUUGUUCUGCCCGUAUAUGUAAAUGGUCAACUACAAUUGUCAGUAAAGACAUACUACAGACCCGUGUCGACAUCUUCCACUCUAAGUAUAUGGUGCCCUAUGUCAGCAUGAAGUUACAGAAGACAGACCUUCGACCAUAAUCCAAUAAAAAUGGAAUGAUGUUCUGACAAGUGGGGAUUUGUAAGCAGCUUUUGGCAGGAAAAAGCUCUUUGCCGGAAAGAGCUCUCUGCCAGAGGCCGCUUUUGUCUUGUCACUAACCUUAAACCAGGUGCCCCCAUGCUCUACUUAUCUCUGGCCCUAUUGAUCACAUAAUACCUUGCCUAAUCUGUUGGUUCUUUCCAUAGAUCAAAGAAGUAGAAAUGAAUAAGUAAUUAACACAUGACCCGAUCUCUUCCCUAGCUUCCCCUUCAGUAAUCUUGCGAGAACGAACUGUGUGAACAAGACAGUAUUGAAAGAAAGAUCAUAAGAAGUCAACAAGCCUGCAUGAUAAGCCUGCAUUCAGUGGGGGAUGGCGAUGCCUCUGACCUCCUGUCUCAAGGAUUAACUGAGAUUACUUACCUUUUCCCUUUAAGAACUUCUCAUGGCUGAGCAGAAUCUUGGGAGGUGGUUUUUGGGGAGUCCACCAUCUCCCCAGCAUUCUGAUUAAAAGCAACUUUCCUUUCUACCAACAUUUGUCUCUCUUGAGUAUUGAUUUCUGAGCAGCAAGCAUCCAGACCUGAUUUGGUAACACUGGGAUGGCAGCACAAGGUGUGCGGAGGGUGGGGGUCUUUUCUUUUUAUUGCCUUGUUGCACAGGCUAAACAUCUGGGACAACGUUGACUACAAGUGGUGAGUAGACAUCUUUGCCUUGUUCCCAGUCUUAGGAGGAAACCGCUCUUUAUUUCACCAUAAAAUAUGAUGUCAGAUAUAUGUUAUUCCAUAAAUGCCCUUUAUUAGAUUGAGGAUGAUUCCUUUAAUUCCUUUAAUUUGACAGUUUUAAAUCAUGAAUGUGUUGAAUUUUUUCAAAUGCUUUUUCUACAUUAUAAAGAUAUGGUUUUUCUUUUUUAGUAUGUUAAUAUAAUGAAAUACAUUGAUUUUGAAUGCUAAGGCAACCUUGCAUUUCUAGGAUAAAUCCUAUUUGGGCAUGAUGCAUUACCAUCUUUUAUAGAUUAGAAGUUUCAAUUUGCUAUUUUUUUAAAAGAAUUUUUGCAUCUAUGUUCAUGAGAGUUAUUGAUCUAUGAUUUUCUUUUCUUGUGAUGUCUUUGUCUGGCUUUGGUAUGUGGGUAAUGUUGACUCGUAAAAUAAGUUGGAAAAUGUUUAUUCCUAGAAGAGUUGGUGUACAGUUGUUACUAGGUCUUCCGUAAAUGUUUGGUAGAAUUCACUUGUGCCAUCUGGCCUGUACUUGUUUUUGUGGGAAAGUUGUCAGCUACAAAUCGUUUAAAUAGGGCUAUUCAGGUUUUCUCUUUCUUCUUGAGUGAACUUGGGUAGUUGUACCUUUCAAGGACUUUUUCUGUUUCAACUCUUCAGGUAUCUUUCUGUUAGCAAUUUCUAAUUUAAUUCUAUUCUGGUGCUAGAAUAUACCUUGUAUGAUUUCCAUUCUUUUAAAUCGUUUGAAACUUGUAUUAUAGCCCGUAUUAUGUGCACUUGAAAAGACUGUGUAUUAUGCUGUUGUUGGAGUAUUCUAUAAAUGUUG